GCCGCCGCCAUUUUGUCUGGGAGUGUAAAUGUGAAAGGGAAAGCCGGCGCGCGGCCCGCGGACGGAGGCGAGCGGCGGGGCCGGGGACGCGAGGGCUCGCCGCCGCAGCAAGGAGCGGCGGGAACAGCCUCCGUUCGCCGCCGCCGCGGCGGAAAAAGGGACUCGCCGGUCGCUUUCGCCGGCGAAGCAUCGGAAGGGGGCCGUCGGCGCCCUUCCUCCGGGGAAGGCUGCGCUCGCCCCUCUCCUCCCUCCCCCGGCCGCGGCGCCGCCGCUCGCCCCGGCCUUGCCGCCCGCCGCGGCGGGUCCGCGGGGGGAAGCGCCGCCAGGGCCGCGCCGACGAUGUCGGGGCAGUCGAUCACGGACCGCAUCACGGCGGCGCAGCACAGCGUCACCGGCUCGGCCGUCGCCAAAGCCGUCUGCAAGGCGACGACCCACGAGGUGAUGGGCCCCAAGAAGAAGCACCUGGACUAUCUCAUACAGUGCACAAAUGAAAUGAAUGUGAAUAUUCCACAGUUGGCAGACACACUCUUUGAGAGGACUGCAAACAGUAGCUGGGUUGUAGUGUUCAAAGCUCUAAUUACAACACACCACCUCAUGAUGUACGGAAACGAGCGCUUUAUCCAGUAUCUUGCAUCCCGAAACACUUUGUUCAAUUUAAAUAACUACCUGGACAAAAGUGCCAUGCAGGGCUAUGAUAUGUCUACCUUCAUUAGGCGAUACAGCAGAUACUUGAAUGAAAAAGCACUUUCGUAUAGACUCGUAGCAGUUGACUUCACCAAAAUGAAAAGAGGGAUAGAUGGAGUGAUGAGAACCAUGAAUGCUGAAAAGCUGCUGAAAACUCUUCCAAUCAUACAGAACCAGCUCGAUGCACUCCUUGAUUUUGAUGCAAAUCCAAAUGAACUAACAAAUGGUGUUAUAAAUGCUGCCUUUAUGCUCCUCUUUAAAGAUUCCAUUAGACUUUUUGCAGCAUACAAUGAGGGGAUUAUUAAUCUUUUAGAAAGAUAUUUUGAUAUGAAGAAGAAUCAGUGCAAAGAAGGCUUGGAUACAUACAAAAAAUUUCUAGCCAGAAUGACCAAACUGUCAGAAUUCCUCAAGGUAGCAGAGCAAGUUGGAAUUGAUCAGGGUGACAUCCCAGAUCUUACUCAGGCACCCAGCAGCUUGCUUGAAGCACUGGAACAGCAUUUGGCUUCUGUGGAGGGAAAGAAAACAAAAGAAGUCUCUGCUGCCAGCAGAGCUAGUGCCCUCUCCAGUGCUGUUUCCACACUUGCCAAUACAGGAAUGUCAUUUAGCAGAAUGGAUGAGAAAGAAAAGCAGCAGGCAUUGGAGGAGGAACAAGCUAGACUGCAGGCACUAAAGGAGCAGCGAUUGAGAGAGAUUUAUGUAGUACCAAAUUCCACCUCCACAUCAGCAUCGCCAAGCACCUUAUCAGGAAAAAGUGUGAAUACCACUGUAGCUGUUGACCUCUUUGCAGUACCAGCACCCACCACAAACAGCAUGCCCAACCUUUCUAGUGAUCUUUUUGAUCUUCAGCCUGCAUUUGUUCCAACUGUGCAGAGUACUCCAGCUAUAUCAACAUCAAGCAGUGCUUGGGGAGGUCCUUUCUCGUCCUCAAAUGGUUGUGUUGGUUCACCUCAUCUGGACAUCUUUGACAUGAAGCCAGUUGAAGAAGCUGUAAAAUCUGCCACCCCUUUCAUCAAUUCUACUUUUUCUUCCAAACAAACGGUGGAACUGUUUAGUGAUGACUUUAGUGGUCAUAAACCUACAUAUGCUUCUGUGUAUCAUCCUCUGACUGUUGAUGGUUUUCCUCUUCAUUCAGCUCCUCCAAGUACCACCUCUUCAACAAUUAAUGUGGACUUUGAUGCUGUUUUUGGAGGAAAAUCUACAGCACCGGAGUACAGGACCACAAGUGAUGAUGUAUUGCAACCCACAGUACCACCACCAAGUCAAACAGCCGCUGUACCUGGCCAGCAAAGUGGAAAAAUUUUGGCAAAUGACCUUGAUUCUUCACUUGCUAAUCUGGUGGGAAAUCUUGGCUUUGGAGGAACUCCAUCCAAAAAAUCAGAUAUGCAGUGGACCCAGCCUACAGAGAAAAAACUUACUGGUGGAACAAACUGGCAAGCAAAAACAAGCACAUCGACCACAUGGAACCCUACUCCCUUACCCACUAUUCCACAUAUGGUACCUGCUCCUAUCACAUACCCAUUGCCCACACCUCAAGUGCCUGUAUAUGGAAUGGUACCUCCUCAGAUUGGAGCUGCUCCUUUGAUGGCACCCCAGUCAAUGAUGUAUACGCAGCCUGGUCUAAGGCCAACGAAUCCUUUUGCACCUGUUUCUGAAACUCAGAUACAGUUCAUGUAGAGCCGCCAAAGCAGCAAGAUGUGAGAGCAACCAAAUACUGGUAAAGAAAAAAGACUGAAUUUUAAUCUUUCCAUGAUAUGUUCCUGAACAGGGCAACUGUUUCCUCCCUGUAUAAUACAAUAUUAUUUUGAAUUGCAAUGCUUUAGAGAUUCUUGUUUAUAACAGUCACUGCAGUGUGAAAUCAUGUUUGUUCACUGACUUUUAAACUGCUCGGCAGUAAAUUGUAUCUUAUUGAGGUUGACUCAGAAGGAGCAAGCUGGAUUAUCAUGGUCAAAGCUGAGAAGAGGAGUUACAUGAUUGCUCUGGAACCUUAUUCAUCAGUGGAUUACCUUGGGAACUUAACUGAGGAUGUCAAAGCUAUUUAUUUUCUCCAUGAAUUCUGUGGCUGUUGUAACGAGGACACAACACAAAUGAAGUUGAGCAAUAAAAUUUUUUUAUGUGCUCUGAUAAAUUCUGAUAGAGCAAUGCUUGCAUUAUCAUAAGGCCAAUUUGUGUGAGAUCAGACAGCUUUUUCACAUUACAGUAGCUUAUAGUAAUUUGCAGACUUUAUAAUGUGAGUUUGAAAUGCUGUGAAUCAAGAAGAUAUAUACAUAUUGCAUAUAUUAGAGAGUAAAAAAAUCAUAAGUUGCUCCAUUGGUAUGUCAGUGUUAUGUGGCUACUUGGAAGAGCCAGGCUCUGUGGGCUGAAAGUCUGGUGGAAUAGGGGAGACAAGUGUGUUACAGAACUGCAUGUGCAGCCUCCGAGAGUGGAGAGCAGCCCCUCGAGUAUCUUCUCUGCAGAUGGCAUCUUUCAUGGCUCAGGGAGCCAGUCAACGUGGGUGUUUCCAGGGGCAGCAGUUGGAAAACCUUGUUGCCAACUGCAAAAGAUACAAGAGAACCAAUUUUUUCUUUAAAAAAAAGUCUAUUAAGUCAGAAGAAGUAAACCUUGCAGCAGUGCUGACACUUGUGAGGAGGCGACUAUAUGGGAACUAUCCAGCUGUACAGAAUAGCUUGUGCUGCUUUUCUGAAAUAAGACCCGAGUUGUAAACCAUAUCAAAGUAAUUAUUUUUAAAUCUGUAAAUACAUGAAACCUUUUAGAUAAUCUGUUCUUUAAUGCUGCAGUAACCUUUUUCUUCUGUAGCAAUUUCAAGGUAUGUUAAGAAAUCCAGAUUCUUUUUGAGAGAAGUAUCUUUUAAAUCAACUAAUUUAUGAAGUGUGCUAUUCAUGGUGGGUCAGAUGUGUACGGACUUCUGGCGUGUCUUUUGUAUUUCACAGUCUUCUUUCAAAACUGAAAUUGGCUAGGAAAAUGCCUUACCUUGUAUUUUUCAAUGUCUGAUAAAAAGUGAUAGCAUUAAAAAAAUAAAUGGAACUGGGAGCAACCUUUCUCCCAGAAGCUUUGUGGCAGAAUGCAAUGAAAGGCUCUCCUGUACAAUGACUUCCAGUGAGCAAUGUUAAAGCUGAGUUUUCAAGAAAAAGAAUAGUUUUCUACUGUUACAAUAAACAGACCUCCAGAGCAGUGUGGGGUUUUUAAAAUCUUUUUGGGGAGUCUUAUCAUUGCAUAAAAAUCUCUGACUCUCCCUAGAAAUGCCAACAGACCUGAGAUUCUUGUCGAACUGUCCUGUAGCGAUCUUCUAAAAGACAGCGCUUUCCUCACAGUGGGAACAAGCCUUCUCUUUUUCUAAAUGCUUAGUUCAAUCCAAAGAGUGCAAAACUAGUAUUUCUUAACUCCGUGGAAGUUAUUUUUGCCAAGUGAAACAACUCAAAAGAAACAAGAUAGAAACCCACCCCCCACCCUUGGAAGCUGUAACCACUGACUUCUGGGAAAAGUAACCUUGCACAAAUUUCAAACUCAAGAGUUUCUGAAAAUGUAUUGAAUUUCAAAGAAUUGGGACCAGAACAUAGCAAUCUAAUGUUCACAUUUGAAUUACGAAGGGCUUCAAGCUUUAAUCCACCUUUAUGGUGUUGAACAAUUGUACAUUUUUAAGCCAAUGAGUUCUUCAGUGCCUGUAGUUACCCUCCACGUGAUGAGGGAAUAGAUGCCAUUUAGAAUGAGUCAUUGUGUUGAGGGGACUCUAAGAGAUAGUGAAUGCUAUUGAUUAAUUCAGCAGUGAAAAGUCUUGAGUUCAAACUCGGACCAGUACAUGCAGGAAUAAAUGUCUGGGCAUUAAUGGCAGAGCUGAGAGCGCUAAAAUCGGGCAGUUUCUCGCACUGUGUAAGCUGUUGGGUCUCUUAUACCGAGUUGGACAAGUAAUAACCCAUAUUUUAAUCAAAUAUGCAAAUAAAUGCCUGGCCAACAGUGUAUAGUUGUUAUAACUUCAUUGCAGAGCAUUCUGAAUACCUGGAAUGCAGUUCACUCAGAAAUGGAAUCAGAUUAGUAGUUUGCACUAGUUCUGAUUUGCUCUGGAUUUUUUUAAGGGUCCUUUGAUCUGCUUUCUUGUAGCAAAGCUGUCUGAUACCCAAUGUAUUUAGUAUUUAAAAAAGGAGAAACAGCCACAAAGUACAUCCUAAAAGCUUUAUAAGCUACCACCUUUUUAGUCUCGUUCAGAAUGUUUGAUACAGCAAGACACAGCUUUCAGAUUUAUCCCUGUGAGGAAAAGAUUGUGUUACUUCUCCGCACAGAAGCGCACAGGACUGCUCUUUGCCAAUGUCUUCCUUGUGCACAUACCAGAACACGUGAAACAGCAGAGUGCUGUGUUGUAAACAACAUACUUCAUACAUUGGAAGUCAAGGGUUUUAUGGCUCGGGACUUGUUCUCCAAAAAAAACACUUUGAAGACAAAGGUUGUUCCUGAGGGUGAUUUUAACCACCCUCCAGAGGGGUGAAUAUUAGUUGUGAUGAGUUAAACACUGAAGAGAUGUGUAUAUAAAUGUGACUUUCUCUUUUAUUUCCUUCCACCUCCUUUGAUCAGAAUCCUGUUCUGAAUAUUUCAGAAAGCAGAUAUCUAAGGUAUCACUCCAUGUUUGUCUGAACAAGGAGGAGGGCUUGAAGUACCCUGUGUGCUUUGCGUUGUUGUACUUUAGUGGGUCAUUCAAGCCUAACUGUCAGGCCUUCAUGCUGCUACAGGGAGGCUGUUUCAUGGGAGAGACUGUAAGAUAACCUCGGGGGGGAAUUUGGAAAUGAGGAUUAUGUUAGACCUGUUGGACUUGAAAGUGAACCUCUUUUUAAAUAACUGGGGGUUUCUAAUGCUCUCUUGGUAGAGUUUGAUUUUUGCCUCCAAGAAGUUAUUGAGUUUUUUUUAAGACUUUGGACACGUGUGCUAAGAGAAAUCUCAGUUCUGGUCACGUGGUGGUGAAACACUUGUAGGGAAAAACAACACAUGGACGUUUGUGUUUGAAAAAAACCAAACCCACACCAAAAAAAAACCCCCAACAACAAAACUCCUUCUAACUAGGUGAUUGAAUACAGGGUGUAUCCCCAGCUGGGUUUUUUGAUGUGUGGCAGGGAGGGAGAGGAGGGCUGGUGUUACAGUUAGAAUAGUCUGCACUGUGGAUCGGUGCUGAAUUUGUACAUAAAAAGAAAAACUUUGUUUUGAGUAGUUUGUAUUGUAAGGACAACAUCUAAAGGCACUGUGUAUCAGUCAUUUACUUCCAUUUAAAAGAUUAUAUUUUUGAGCAAUGGAAACUGUACAUGUUAUCAUUUAUACAUUACUGAUAGCUAGGAACAUAGAGAGCCUGUUGCUAUUACUCUGAAGACGUAUCUGAUGUGUCACUGAUAUAGACAUCACUACUUCAUGUGGAUUCUCACGAGCGUUUAUUUAAGGAGAUUGUAGUAACUGGUACAGUUACAACAGGAAUUGUAACAUCUGAUCUUUGAGUAGGUCUCAAAUAUGUAUCCUUGUGAUUAAGUUUAAUCCUUUACCAAAUGUUUGGCUGGAAUUUUGUCUUGGAGCGAUGACAAAGUAAGUGCUGGAACAGAUUUCCCUCACCCCAACCCACACUUUAUUUAUUUAAUAGGUCUCGGUUUUGUAUGUUUUUCCCCAUAACAGGUUUGUGCCUUUUAUUGGAUAUUUAUUUGAAAGGAGCUCCUAUGAUUUAGGUGGUUCAGGCUUUUUUCAGAUGUAUUCUUGUACAGCUGUUCCUUUACAUGAGUUCCUUCAUUUUAUAAGAAUACAGAAUGUGUGGAUAAUAUCCUAGCCACAAACUGGAAACAAAUUUUGAGAGGCUAUGUUCUAUGAAUAACUUUUUUAGAAGAAGCCUAAGCACAAGACUGGCUGUGUUGUUGAUACUGAAGCUGUGGAACUUCACGAUUUAUUGAUACACGAACUGUUUGUUUUUUAAAACUGCUCAUACCCAAUUAUUUGAUGAAACAAAUUUUGGAAAAAAAAUAAACUUUGGCACAUGCA